CUUAAGAUCAUCAGACAAUCUGCAUCCAACACAACUAACUCAAAUACAAUGGCUUUACUUGACAAAUUCGAAAAAUACGACUUACUUUUCGGCCCAUCUCCAAUCUCUAAGUUCGAAAACUUAGCCAAGGAACUUGGUGGUAAGGUCAACAUCUAUGCUAAGAGAGAAGACAGAAACUCUGGAUUGGCUUUUGCUGGUAACAAGCUAAGAAAGUUUGAAUACAUCGUUCCUGAAAUUAUUGCCGGUGACUACACUCAUAUUGUCUCCAUCGGUGGUAUCCAAUCUAACCAAACUUUGAUGACUAUUGCUACAGCUUGUAAGCUUGGUUUAAAGGCCGUUACUGUUCAAGAAAACUGGGUUCCAAUUCCUGAAGCUGAAAAGGCAACCUACGAUAAGGUCGGAAACAUCGAAGCAGCAAGAAUUUUAGGUGGUGAUGUUCGUUUGGUGCCUGACGGAUUCGAUAUUGGUAUGAGAAAAUCUUUUGAGGAGGCACUUCAAGAAUUAACUUCUCAAGGCUUCAAGCCAUACCCUGUCCCAGCUGGUUGCUCUGAACAUAAAUAUGGUGGUUUAGGUUUCGUUGGUUUUGCUGAUGAACUUAUCAAGCAAGAAAAGGAAAUGGGCAUCAAAUUCGACAAAAUUGUGGUUUGUUGUGUUACCGGUUCUACUGCAGCUGGUAUUUUUGUUGGUAUGGCCCAAUACGGUAGAGAAAACGACGUCAUUGCAAUUGAUGCUUCAGGUAAACCAGAAAAGACCUUUGAACAAACGUUGAGAAUUAUCAACCACACCUCAGAAAUUCUUGGCUUAGGUAAGAAGUUUGACACUUUUAACUUUGACACCAGAUUCGGUGGUCCAGUUUACGGUAUUCCAAAUGAAGGCACAAUUGAGGCAAUCAAGCUUUUGGGUAAGACUGAAGGUACCUUGACUGAUCCUGUCUAUGAAGGUAAAUCUAUGCAAGGUUUGAUUGAAUUGGUCAAGGAAGAUAAAUUCGAAAAAGAUUCUAACGUUCUUUUCGUCCACUUGGGUGGUGCUUCUUCCUUGUCUGCUUACCAAUCCUACUUCUCUUAAAUUUUGCUUUGAAUAUUUCAGGCUAUAUU